AGGGCACUGGCUCGUGGCGGAGGAAUGAUUAGCAUUUUCCAAAUUCAUGGUUCUCAAUCCAGCCUUCUGGCUUGCUAAAAAAAAACCACUUUUAAUUCAUUUCUUGUCUGUACACAUUUUUGUGUACCACCACAGCUGAAGACCUGGAGUCGAAAAUGAACUGGGGCUCCUUUUAUGCCGUGAUCAGUGGCGUAAACAGGCACUCGACCGGCAUCGGACGCGUUUGGCUCUCCGUCAUCUUCAUCUUCCGUAUCCUGGUCCUGGUGGUCGCUGCGGAAAGCGUCUGGGGAGAUGAGAAGUCCGGCUUCAUCUGCAACACCCAGCAGCCCGGCUGCAACAGCGUCUGUUACGACCAGUUCUUCCCCAUCUCGCACAUCCGCCUGUGGGCGCUGCAGCUCAUCCUGGUCUCCACCCCGGCCCUGCUGGUUGCCAUGCAUGUGGCCCACAGGCGCCACAUCGACAAGAAGAUCCUGAAGAGGACGGGCCGCAGCAGUCCCAAGGAGCUGGAGCGCAUCAAGAACCAGAAGUUUCAGAUCACCGGAGCCCUGUGGUGGACAUACAUGAUCAGUAUCAUCUUCAGAAUCGCCUUCGAGGUGGCUUUCCUGUACAUUUUCUACCUGCUCUAUCCUGGCUUCAAGAUGGUGCGCUUGGUAAAGUGUGACUCGUACCCGUGCCCCAACACAGUGGACUGCUUUGUCUCCAGACCGACAGAAAAGACCAUAUUCACCGUGUUCAUGCUGGCGGUGUCUGGGCUGUGUGUGUUGCUGAACCUGGCCGAGGUGGUGUACCUCAUAGGCAGGGCCUGUAAACGGGGCUUUCAAGGCUCUGAGGAAGAGUCCAAAGGAGCUUGGAUAAGUCAAAGAUGGUCUACUUAUAAGCUAAAUGAAAUCAAUCAGCUGAUAGCAGACCAGUCUCUCAAGUCUAAGUUCACUGUGACCAAAAAGAGCCCAACUGAGAAGAGUGAAAGGUGUUCUGCUUUCUGAAAUGCUGCCGCUCCCGUUUCCUUUAAACUAAUCCACAGCAUUCCCACAUGUCCAUGGAUCGUUAAUGUCACUUAUUGUGUACACAUCUAAACCAUCUAUUUAUAUGUCAUUCAGUUGCUGUUAGAACUUGUCUAAACUAGUGAAGGUAAAGGACCGUGCCAGGGUUGUUGCAUGUUUUAGACCAUGUUGACUUCAUUAGAGGCUCAUUUUAGUGGUUUUCAUUGGAUUUGAAUUAUUUGGUUUUCAAGCGAAGCAACUUGCCAUCUUGAGCUGAUGAAGCUAUAUCCGUGUGAGCAUCAAACCGUCAUAAUUCUUUGUCAAAGUUAUGUCAUUAUUAUAGCUUGAUAAUACGGUUCAGACUAUAGAUUUUUAUAGAGUCCAACACAGUUGUAUUUACAACUUGUGUUUGGAAAUUGUGCCCUUAAAGCAAACAUUGAUUUGAAAAAGGUUUUAUUAAUUUUAUUUGGCAUUAUAUAACAUGAUUCUUGGAUGACAUCCAGACACUCGCAUCCAGUCUCAAUCAUCAUUUCAGUCGCGUUAGCGCGCAUCAAUAAUGUAGCUUUUGGGCCGUUGUCCGGGAGGUACAAAAACAAUAAAGACAAACAAAUUCUGCUCUUUAAAAUAUGCUUUGUAGUAAUAUGCAUGAUUUCCGAUGAUUCAGCAAAUAUGUGCUAAAACACCAGUGUGGUCCUUUUAAAGCCGCACAUUUUACAGUAGAGAUUACAAUCCUGGAUAGAAAGCAAACCAGGUAAUAAGUUCCAUAUGUAAUUCCAGUCUGAUUCAAAGCACGGAUGCAAAGGGAAGUUAUGUGAAUAAAUGCCCUUCAAGCCAACAUGGUAUGUCAGAUUGUAUCAGACAGUCUCGGUUGUGUGACUCUGUGAAGCAGACAGCUGCACAGUGUUAAGUGGACAAAGAUUGAGAUGAUAAGUAUUCGUUUAGCCCCUUUUAUGUCAUGGCUAAAUUAUAACAACGUGAAUCCAAAGAAUUAUGGCCGACAAGAAAUUAUGGUGAAAUCAGCUCAUUAUAUCAUAAAAGUGGUGACUGCAGAGUUUUCAGACUCGUGUGAUCCAAACAUUUUCAAUAACUGCACAGCGUUGUAAAGUCCAAAAGUCUAAUAUUGUUGAAAGAAGGUUCACAACAUAGAAGAAAUAUGAUGCUUUAGUCCAUAUUUUUCUGGCCUUAGCCUUUCAUAAACAAAAUUCUUUGAGGUCAAAAAACUGUUUACUCUCCCGCUUGCCGCGGCGCACACAGAGAAAAGUUCACCCGGACAACAUCUGCUCCACAUUUAUAAAUACAAUAAUGAUAUAAGAUAAUGAUAAUGCUCUUCUGCCUGAACGAUGCAGUUUAAAAACGUGUAUCACUGGUAGAUCUGCUGAGUGAAACAUGGCUGAAUUCAGCAGAAGACCUCAGUAAUAUAUAAAGAAGUCUGUUAUGUCCAGUUAUAAAUAUUAUCAGUAGAUUAUAUGAAAUAAGUACAGCAAGUUGCAGGAGAAAUAUCAUUCAGAAGAAUACAUGCCAGUAUUAUGAAACUGAGAAAGUUAACAAAGAUUUUACUCAAAUGAAAACUAAGUUCCAAUGACAAAGAAUACCCAAAAGAAUAAAAUGUGACUUUGAACUACAAUUUACCUACAAGUAAGCAACAAAGACAAAAAACUACAUUUUAAAUUAUUGUCAACAUUACCACUGCAGCUUUAAUUGUCAUCCAACUUUGGAGAGUGCUAUGGAAAUAUUCUAACAGCUGUCAUUGGAUAUUAUCAUUCCAAACUAAAUUAAUUUGAAAACACAAUUGUUACUCAAACAUAUAUUUACUACUGACCUAUUAAUUAUGUAAAGUCAACAGUAGUCAGAAUGGUGGACAGAGCGAGAGUUUAUUUCACUCAACCACUCAGUACUGUACCUACUGUAUGUCUUUGUAUUCAAUUGGAAGUACUGCCUACUUACUUUAUUGUAGCUUCUGUUUGAAGUGAUCUUUUUUUGUCUAUGAAAAAUGUUUACGGUUGACCCCUACUUUUUAACAGAGGCGGUUGCACGUUCUUUCCUCAUUAGUACCCUGUAUAAUAUUAUUCAGUAUCUCUCUGUUUAUGUAAAUGUCAUGUCCCAUACGCUGGUAUCUGUUUGUACAACGGUUCUAUUAUACAGUUAUACACAUUGUAGUGCAUACAAAAACCCGGAUGUCGAUAUUUAUGCCUAAAUGUACAUAAAUGAAUUCUCACCCUGGUGAACAACCCAGAUAAUGUAUAUUAUAUGUGUAUAUUAUGUAAUAUACUGAAAUACAGUGCCUGAUAAUUUG